AUGAUUAUCCACAGACACCAGGUAAGAGCUGCAUUCCUGGGGUGUGGGGGAUGCAUUGAAGAGGAAGCACUGCUCCAGGGCAUUUACACUCCUCUUGCUUCUGCUGAACAGACUUUGGGGGGCAUUUGUAUUUCCAAAACCUGCCAAACCUCUUUAACAGGGAAGAGAUUUACCGGUGUGUGCAUGCUGCAUGGGAAGGGAAAUCUCUUCUCUCUUUCUCGCUCUCUCUCUCUCCCCUCCCUCCCUCCCUCCCCCCCUUUCAGAAAUCUCAAAGACAACAACCUGUCUUCCCUCUCACAUUGCCCUUAG